AUGCCAUUCAUCUGCCCAUACCAGCAAGAUAUCGCAAACGCAGCUUGGACGAUCAUAAUAGACGAUAUUGGAUCAGAAAAGCACAAAGAACUGCGGAUAAAACGUCGGGUCAGACAAGCACUGUACAUUAUUAUAGAAACAAUAUGCCCUCCCGGACCACCGGGACCGAUAGGUAAGCCUGGAUUACCUGGAUCGCCCGGUCAGCAUGGUCGUCCAGGAUCCGACGGGCUACAUGGUUUUGGUAUAGUCGAGCAUAUAUCCCAGCCCUGCACACAGUGCCCAGAAGGGCCUCCUGGCCUUCCUGGAGAAGAUGGUGCGGUAGGAAAUCCGGGACCUGAUGGAUGGCCAGGAUCAAGAGGAGAGCCCGGACGUAGAGGAAUUCCUGGAUUGCCAGGGCGUGAAGGAGAGCCUGGUGAAAAAGGCAGAGCCGGAGAACAAGGAUGGCCUGGAGUCCCAGGACGGAAUGGAAUUCGCGCCAGAGGUAAUCGUGGGCCACCAGGUCCUGAAGGAGAGGUUGGAGAGCCGGGGAAAGUUGGAGCUCAUGGAGAGCACGGUGCUGCUGGUAGACCAGGGAAACCUGGAGUUCCAGGAAAAAUGGGUGCGAAAGGUGUUCCAGGUAUUGAUGGAAGUCCUGGAGUAGGAGGAACUCUGGGAACGCCAGGUGGCGAUGGCUAUUAUUGCAAAUGUCCACUUAGAUCAGAGCAUUUGGGUUAUAUCAAAUCUUGA